UAUUUGCGGCAUUCUCAAACCCUAGCAGCUGUGCAAUACCUCUAGAUCGCACCCAUUGCAUUACCAGUUUGAUCGAAAAUGUCAGUUGGAGAACUCGCUUGCACCUAUGCCGCUCUCAUUCUCUACGAUGAUGGAAUUCCAGCCACGGCUGAGAAGAUUGCUACACUGGUGAAGGCGGCUAAUGUUUCCGUGGAGUCAUACUGGCCCAGCCUCUUCGCGAAGCUCUGUGAGAAGAGGAAUAUCGAGGAUCUCAUCAUGAACGUGGGCGCUGGUGGCGGCGGCGGCGCUGUUGCUGUUGCUGCUCCUGCUGCCGGCGGUGCUGCCCCUGCUGCUGCUGCUCCGGCUGCUGAGGAGAAGAAGGAAGAACCAAAGGAAGAGAGUGACGACGACAUGGGAUUCAGCUUGUUUGAUUAGAAUGGAAGGUUUACUAGUUUUGAUAGAUUUUUGUUUCUUGUUCACGUUCAAGUUUUGAAGUGAAUUAUUACUUUGUAUUACAAGAUUCUUCAUUGUGGACCUGUAUGCCUAAUCUCGAGAUGUUAGUUUUUGGUACUUAAUGUUUGUUUCCAUGGCUUACUAUU